ACACGUGCUGUCACUCAGCCCCCCCCACACGCCCCGCCCCGCCCACGUGCCGUCACUCAGCCCCACGCCCCGCCCAGCCUCGCCCCCGCACACGUUAUCACUCCCUCGCCAGGCUCGCCCCGCACACUUGUGCUGUCACUCAGCCGGGUCCUGUCCCAGCAGAAGGCGUCGCUCCCGCCGCCGGACAUUCGGCCUGCUGCCCGUCGCCGGGCCAUGGGCGCCGCGCUCCUCCUCGCUCUCGGGCUGCUGGCCCAGAGCCUGUGCCUGUCAGUGGGGGUCCCCGGGCUGAGGAGGCCCCACACCCUGUACCCCUGGCACCGGGGGCCGGCGGCGGGCCGCGUGCGGAGAGCCUGGGUGAUCCCUCCCAUCAGUGUGUCUGAGAACCACAAGCGCCUGCCCUUCCCCCUGGUGCAGAUCAAGUCGGACAAGCAGCAGCUGGGCAGCAUCAUCUACAGCAUCCAGGGCCCCGGCGUGGACGAGGAGCCCCGGGGGGUCUUCUCCAUAGACAAGUUCACAGGGAAGGUGUCCCUGAAUGCCAUGCUGGACCGAGAGAAGACAGACCGCUUCAGGCUCAGGGCCUUUGCUCUGGACCUGGGGGGGUCCACGCUGGAGGAGCCCACGGACCUGGAGAUCGUGGUUGUGGACCAGAACGACAACCGGCCCGUGUUCAGGCAGGAGGUGUUCACCGGCCGGGUGCCCGAGGGCGCUGUCCCAGGCACCUACGUGACCAGGGCUGAGGCCACGGAUGCGGACGACCCGGAGACGGACAACGCGGCCCUGCGAUACUCCAUUCUGGAGCAGGGCGGCCCCCAGCUCUUCAGCAUCGACCCACACACGGGGGAGAUCCGCACGGUGCAAGUGGGCCUGGACCGCGAGGUGGUCGCCGUGUACAAUCUGACCCUGCAGGUGGCGGACAUGUCUGGAGACGGCCUCACCGCCACUGCCUCGGCCAUCAUCACGCUGGAGGAUGUCAAUGACAACGCCCCCGAGUUCACCAGGGGUCAGUUCUUCCUGGAGGCCACAGAGGCCGUCAGCGGAGUGGACGUGGGGCGGCUUGAGGUAGAGGACCGGGACCUGCCCGGCUCCCCCAACUGGGUGGCCCGGUUCACCAUCCUGGAGGGCGACCCUGACCGGCAGUUCGCCAUCCGCACCGACCCCGGGACCAACGAGGGCGUGCUGUCCGUGGUGAAGCCCCUGGACUAUGAGAGUCGCGAGCGGUAUGACCUCAAAGUGGCGGCGCAGAAUGAGGCUCCGCUGCAGCCAGCUGCCCCCAGGGCCGCGCGCGGCCAGGCCAGGGUCAGCGUGCGGGUGCGCGACGUCAACGAGGCGCCCGUGUUCCAGGAGAACCCCCUGCGGACCAGCCUGGCCGAGGGGGCGGCCCCGGGAACCCCCGUGGCCACCUUCUCUGCCCGGGACCCUGACACACGGCAGCCGCAGAGGCUCAGCUACUCCAAGGGCUACGACCCUGCAGACUGGCUGCAAGUGGACGGGGCCACCGGCCGGGUCCAGACCCAGCGCGUGCUCAGCCCUGCAUCCCCCUUCCUCAAGGACGGCUGGUACAGGGCCAUCAUCCUGGCCCGAGAUGAUGCCUCCCCGCCCAGCACGGCCACAGGGACCCUGUCCGUUGAGAUCCUGGAGGUCAACGACCACGCCCCUGAACUGUCCCCACCGUGGGGCAGCCUGUGCAGCAUACCAGACCAGGGCUCCGGCCUUCUCUUGGGGGCCACGGAUGAGGACCUGCCCCCCCACGGGGCCCCCUUCCACUUCCAGCUGAGCCCCAGGCUCCCAGAGCUGGCCCGGAACUGGAGCCUCAGCCAGGUUAACGUGAGCCACGCGCGCCUGCGGCCGAGGCUCCAGGUCCAGGAGGGGCUGCACCGCCUUAGCCUGCUGCUCCAGGACUCCGGACAGCCGCCCCAGCAGCGCGAGCAGCCCCUGAACGUGACCGUGUGCCGCUGCGGCCUGGACGGCGCCUGCCUGCCGGGGGCCGCCGCGCUGCGGGCGGGUGGCGCGGGCAUCAGCCUGGGCGCCCUGGUCAUCAUGCUGGCCAGUGUCAUCCUGCUGCUCUUGCUCGCCCUGCUGGUGGCCCUCCUGGCGCGGUGCCGGCAGCGGUCCUGUGACAAGAGGCUUCUGCACGGGCUGCAGGACGACCUUCGCGACAACAUCCUCAACUACGACGAGCAGGGGGGCGGGGAGGAGGACCAGGAUGCCUACGACAUGGACCAGCUGCGCCACCCGGCGGAGCUGGCGGCCCUGGGCGCCCCUCUGGGACGGCCUUCCGUGCGCAGAGACGCCCCGUUCAGCUGGGCGCACCCCCAGGCCCCCCGCGUGCUGCCCUCCAGCCCCUCUGACAUCGCCGACUUCAUCAGCGAGGGCUUAGCGGCCGUGGACGGUGACCCCACCGUCCCACCCUACGACACGGCUCUCAUCUAUGACUACGAGGGCGACGGCUCCGUGGCGGGGACGCUGAGCUCCAUCCUGUCCAGCCUGGGCGACGAGGACCAGGACUACGGCUGCCUCUGGGACUGGGGGCCCCGCUUUGCCCGGCUGGCCGACUUGUACGGGCCCCCGUGAGGGCAGCAGGGACGAGGCUUCCCGAGGGGACCCGCCCCCGCCCUGCUGCGGGCACGGCCUC